AUGAGCUCUGCCACACCUGCUGCAGCUCCAAAAAUGACCUUCACAACUGUUGCUGCUUCUCUUUCAGAAGAAGCUAAUUGCAUCCAGGGGGAACAGAAGCUCAAUGGUUCAAGGUCAGAGUAUGCCAAUGUCAUAGGAGCAGGCAUACCUGAAUCCUGGGUGAAUUCCAAGACUGGCAUCCACAUGCACAAGUCCAACCCUAAGGGCAUAGCUUGCGAUAACCCAGCCUGUGUGGGGCUGCCACAGUCACUGACUCAUGACCGUGAACACUGCUUCCAGCCAGGUGGUGGGAUGGAAGGAAAGGGCAGAGUCCCUGCCCACAGCAGAAAACCCUUCAGAAAAGAUGUUGCUGCAGCUGCCACAACUGACACACCUGUGAAUCCCUCAUCCACAUUCUCACCCAGCAUAUCGAAUGCAGAUCUUGCAUGCACCAUCAUCAAAGAGAUUGAUGAUCCCUCUGACUCCUCUCCAACCACAGAAAACAUAGCCUGCAUAGUAUGUCAAGCAAUGUCAAUGAUUCUUGACUCUGGCACAACAUCCACACUGAUCACCGACUGCAAAUUCUUCUGGAACUUCUCCAAUGACUCUCAUGUGGUUGUUAAAAUGGCCAAUCAUGGGCAACUUCCCAUAUCUGGACAAGGUGACUGUGUUGCUGAUCUGAAUAUUGGGGGCAAAAUCCAUCGCAUUUGA